AUGUACAAUCCAAUUGACGCUGCACUCAACAAAGUGACAGAAACAUAUGGUAUUGAUAGUUUUACCCUAAGAUAUGCAAUUUGUCUGCUAGGUUCAUUUCCUCUGAAUGCUAUUCUAAAAAGACUUCCUGAUGAGAAAGAGAAGACCAAAUGCAUUUACAUUAUAGUCUCAUCUAUGAUAUAUUUAUUUGGUAUCCUGAACUUAUAUAGUGGAUUUAGAACACUAUUGAUCAGUAGCACGUUUACAUUCCUCAUUACCAGAUUUUAUCAUUCCAAAUUUAUGCCAUAUUUGAAUUUUGUCUUUGUCAUGGGUCACUUAGCCAUGAAUCACAUUUACGCUCAAUUUUUCAACUCACAAACUGCAACAACUAUUGACAUCACUGCAUCACAAAUGGUUCUUGCCAUUAAAUUGACAUCAUUUGCAUGGUCAUAUUACGAUGGUAUGGACACUAAUGCAGAUGAAUUUGAAUCCUUGGUUCAAUAUCAAAAGGAUCGUGUCAUUAAGAGACAUCCAUCCUUACUAAAAUUUGUUGCCUAUACUUUCUUUUACCCAACUUUAUUAACAGGUCCCAGCUUCGACUAUUCAGAUUUUGAUAGUUGGUUAAAUGGCGAAAUGUUUCAUGAUUUACCAGAAUCAAAGAAGCCAAAGAGAAGAUUAAAUCCUCGAAAGAGAAGACAGAUUCCAAAAAAUGGUAAACUGGCUCUUUGGAAAGUCAUCCAAGGUAUCGCUUGGAUCGUAUUAAAUGGGCUAGGUAAGAAAUAUAUACCUCUUUCAUUCAUUGCUGACAGGGCUAGUUUUAUGGAAAGAUCCUUCUUUUAUAGAAUCCAUUAUAUUUUCUUAGUUGGUUUGGUUGCAAGAUUUAAAUAUUAUGCUGCCUGGACCAUUGCGGAAGCAUCGUGUAUUUCAUGCGGAUUAGGAUAUAAUGGAUACGACACCAAAACACAAAAGAUUAAAUGGAACCGUGUUCAGAACAUUGAUAUUUGGAAUGUGGAAAUGGCGCAGAAUACUCGUCAAUGUCUCGAAGGUUGGAAUAUGAAUACAAAUAAGUGGUUGAAAUACACUGUAUAUUUACGGGUCGUUAAGAAGGGCAAGAAGCCAGGGUUUCGCGCAACUAUGUUUACAUUCUUAACAUCUGCCUUUUGGCAUGGAACAAGACCAGGUUAUUAUCUAACAUUUGCUACAGGUGCCCUAUACCAAACAUGUGGGAAAUUUUAUAGACGUAAUUUUAGACCAAUAUUCUUGGCAAGUGAUGGUGUAACUCCAUUGCCAUAUAAAUGGGUAUAUGAUGUUGUUGGUAUGUGGGUUAUUAAAAUAUCAUUCGGUUACUUGGUGGAACCUUUCCUAUUAUUGGAUUUUAAAGAAUCUUUAGUUGCAUGGGGGUCCGUAUAUUUCUAUGGUCAUAUAGUGGUUGCCCUUUCGUUUUUCUUGUUUAGAGGUCCAUUUUCCAAAUCAGUUAUCCAAUUCUGCAAAUCGUUGCAACCACAAUAUAUUGCUACAGCAAAGGUAAAGGAAUUAGAAGAGGAAAUUUCUAGAACUUCCACUUCUCUUGGUGAUAUCAUAAGGGAGAAGCUUGAGUACGAAGAAGCAAACAAGGAUUUACUACAAAAGGAAAUGAACUUAGGUAUUCCAUCAAUUCAUCCAACAGAUUGGGAAGAUGCCAAGGGAGAAUGGGCUGCUUUUGUCAAAGAGUAUACCGAAUGGAGGGAGAGAAAUGGGCUGGAAGUUGAAGAAGAUAAUUUAAUGAAGGCAUUCCAAGACUUUAAGAGAGAAUUAAAGGAAAAUACCGUUGGUGAAAGAAAAAUGAGCUUCAGUGGAUACUCUCCAGUUCCAAUUGAAAAGAAGGAUUAA